AUGUCUAACCCCCAGGGUCCCUUGGCCGUAGCCUCACUUUUGCGCCGGAAUAAGCUUCUAAAACAGAGACAAGGUUUGUCUCAAGGUAGACAUGUCGAUUUUUUCCGCUAUAAGCGGUUCAUUCGCGCCCUUCAAUCACCAGAGUACAAGGCAAAAUCCAGAAACCAGCCCGAUUUAUAUCCUCCAGUCGGCAAUGACGAGGAGGCCAGAAACGUGUUCGUCGAGCUGAUUAAGACCCAAUUGGUGGUACCGUGCCAAAAACUGCACAGCGCAGAGUGCAAAGAUCACGGCUUGAAACCCAACAAGGAAUAUCCAAACCUGCUGUUGUCUGAUAAAGCGCUACUACAGCCCGACGAGUACUACACUUGGAAUUACAACCCAAAAACGGUCACCGAUUAUUUGCUCGUAUUGGGUGUCGUAGUCGGCAUUCUCGCCUUUAUAGGAUAUCCUCUGUGGCCGAACUCCCUGAGAAGAGUGGUUUACUAUGUGUCCCUGGCACUUUUGGCCCUGAUCGGGCUUUUCUUCGUGAUUGCCAUUAUCCGGUUUAUCGUUUAUUUGCUGUCAUUGGCCGUCUGCAGCGAAAAAGGCGGGUUUUGGCUAUUUCCCAAUUUGUUUGAAGACUGCGGCGUGCUAGAAAGUUUCAGGCCUUUUUACGGCUUUGGCGAAACAGAGUGCUACAGCUUCAUCAAGAAAAUGAAGAGGAGAAAGCGGAAGACUGAGAAAAAGGAUCAAUAA